AAGUUGGUGUGUGACCGUCAACGCAGCAGACAUUUUGGUCAAAAUUGCAGAGGACUCUUCUCUUUAUUAGUGCAGGAAGACAAGAUCAUUGUUAAACUGCUGCCAAGUCACAUUUUAUCUUCAUCAUGUGGUAUGAAAUAUUGCCUGGGUUUGCUAUCAUGACGGUUUGUUUGAUCAUUCCUGGAGUGGCCACUACUAACAUACAGAAAUUCACUAACGGUGGAAAGGAGAAAAGAAUCGCAAGAGUUCCUUACCAGUGGUACCUGAUGGAGAGAGACAAGCGGGUGUCAGGGACUGGACUGUAUUACCAGUCAAAGGGACUUGAAAACAUUAAAUGAAGACCAUGCCUUACCCCUGCCCAAAAGUUUUUUCAACGUUCAUUUUGACCGGCCAUCUAUUAAAAUAAUGUAUAUAUGGUA